AUGGCACCCGUUUUGCCACCGUCUCUCAGCCCUCAUAUAUGCAUCCUCCCAUCUCCAGACUUGGUUGACCUGCUCACCGCAUCGUCUCUACCACCUCUCUCACAAAUUUUACAAUCGUUCUCUCCCCUUCCUCAAGUCACAACACGCACCACCACCCUCACAUCGGUCCCUCACCCCUCGUUCGCCCUACGGUUCUCCGACUUAACCGAAAUUGAGUCAGGAUGCCGCGAAGACGAGGAGCAACGUGCUGGGCGCACAAUAGACUGGAUCAGCGCGCGAGUCUCGCGUCGAUGUGCGAAGUGGGUCGAAGAUUGGGAGCGUGCAGGCGCUGCAGCGGCUGAGAAGGACGGGAGUACGAAUAUACGGACGCCUUGGUGGGAUGAGCUCAGGAGAUGUGUUGAGGGAGAUCAUAUUCCAUCUACUAUCGAAGGCUGGAACCACCCUGUUGCUGUUGUCCUGGCCGUGUCAACUAUGGCACCGAACCCUCUGCAAGCACUUGCGCAACUGCACGCGCGCCCGCCAGAGUUCCCAGUCUGGGUAGACAACACGUAUCUUGUCUACUCGCUCAUCGUUCACCCCCAGAACUCAUCGCUCUCUAACGAAGAAGCUGGAGCUCUGUUUAAUGCCGUCAAGAAGCAAUACGGCCUUCAAUGCUACCUCCUCCCGCUCGCAAUGCCCUCUCCCCCUCCACAGCCCGUCCCUGCCCCUCUCCUUGCUCCACGUCCGGUCCCAAACACGCUCAGGAUGAAUGAACAAGACAUACAGCAGACUGCCAGGUUCAUGCGGGAGUUUGUUGCCAUGAGUCUUGUACCAUGGAUGGAGAAAUGCGUCGUCGAGUGGAACGAAAAUUUCUCUUCGAAGAACCGUCUUCCGUCUCGCCUCUUUUCUUCUACUCGCCGACUUUUCGGAUCUGCUUCUACGAGUGCUACUCCUUCGCACGGGUCUAAUCCUUCGACCUCGUCGGUUUCCUCGCGAGGCCAUGGCUUAUCCGGGUCUAUAAGUUCCUUGGUCAAUUCUCCUGGCUUGCUCGAACGGCCGCCGCAACAUCGGCGACUAGCUGAAUUUGCCACUAGCCUGGGAGACUACAAACUAGCCAUCCUCGUCUGGGAAUCCAUGAGGAAAGAAGGAAAGAAUGGAUCCGAAAUUCUACCCAUGCUACUUGCACCGUCUCCCGCGAUACCUUUGCAUGUAACACAUGCUUUGUCACUCAUCAGAACACCUCAAUCAGAUCUUUCGGCGCUUUCUCAGCUUCGAGCACUCGUAUACGCCGUACGAUGGGAAAGUAGCAUCCCUAGCUCUGACUUUCUGAGCAGCGUGCUGGAAGGAGAUAAAUGGCUUGUCUGGGCAGCAUCAUCCGCCGAAGAACCGCCCUCUGCACUCCUACUUGCUCAUGCUGCGUACCUUAGCGUUCGUAAACGGGCAAGAAGAAGGGCUGCAUUGUGGUAUCUCUUCGCGGCAAACAGACUGGAGAAAUUCGGGAUUAAACCGCUCACGAUGUACUUUCUCCGGAGAGCACACGAGCUGUACAAGAUAUCACCAGAGAAGGAGCUUUCCCCAUCGUUCUGGGAUGCAGAAGGUGUGGACUCAAACACGCACAGCAGUCUAGAGGCUAUCAUCCCUGGGAUCGACCACGCUCUCGGCCGACUGCAUUACACGAGUGGCGAUGUCGAGCGUGGGGUCCGCUUCUUCCUCGGACUCCUCCAUGGGUCUACAGGAACAACCAAUUUCACUCUAUCGGAGGCACCCACUGGCAACGAUGUGCAGCUGCCGAAAUCCGUCGUGUCGGACAAGGUUUUUCUAGAAGAUUUCAGAGUGGCCUUUCAGCAUCUGAGAGAUACCGCUGAAGGUCGACUGGACUUGUCUGACAUGAAACUUCCUGUCCCAUUUUGCAUUCCGCGACACACAAGGCUGCGAGUGCCGGGGGACUCGGUCGGAGGUGAUCUGUCCAUAUGGGAGGCGCAAGAAGACACCUGGAAGGAAUUUAGGAAAACCCGAGGCAAGGAAGGUCUACAGAGUAUCGGCAAAGCCACUGUCAAUGAAACCUUUUGGGUUGACCUGACGCUGCAAAAUCCUCUGGAUGUCGACGUCAAUCUGGCAAACUUGACCGUUGUCGUCAAAGAAGAGCAUUUGAAUACUCCCGCAGACUUUGUUGAGGUAGAAGUGAUCGACGAUAUCAUCCUUAGCUCGAAGGAGACUCGAACGAUACCCUUGGCUAUGCACGCCCAACGGUCGGGCAUCCUGUUCGUCAGCCAUGCGUCAUAUGAGUUUCUAUCACUGCUUCCAGUGACAGAAUCUCUAGGCACACGUGGCCGGAGGCUCCAGGAAACUCCUCUCCAGCGCCAAAGCAAGAUGUAUGCGCCUGAUGUUCACAUCAGAGUAGAAGUUGAGGACGCGCGUCAGAAAGUGUCUGCCAAUUUUGUCGAAGACGGGCGUCUCGUUCUCGCUGAGGGGGAGUGUAAGCGCGUGAAACUGUGGCUGUCAAACACCGGCAGUGAGACUAUAGGAGAAAUGUGGUUGAUUGCAGGUGCGGAAGAUGAAUUCUGGAUAGACGCGCCCACAGAGCAGCCUGAGCAUACUAGCCACCCGCAGACGGAAGUGCUUCGUUCAACAAACUCUCUUGCGGCACAGAGGCCGUAUCGAAUACCUCUAGAGACAUUGCGCGACUCUUUGCCCUUUGCUCCCGGAGGUAGCAUGGAGUUUUCCCUCACUCUACACGCCAAUCAUCCUGGCGACCAUGAAAUGUGCCUUCUUUUCGUUUUUAGAGAGAAAGAAGGUGAUAUAUUCCGGUCCGCCCGGGUGACACGCCAGUUCGAGGUUCAGCCUAUAUUAUCUGUGUCCACCAGAUCGGCACCUAGUCGUGCCUUAGAGCAUCUAUUCCUCCUUGAUUUAGAUAUCACAAAUGUGUCUGCGUCUUCGGACGUCACUAUCUCCCAAGUGACGACGUUGAGUCCAACCUGGUCAUGUUCUGCCGUGUCCGAAUAUCCAUCGGACAUGCUCACGCCAAGUCAGGUUCUCCAUCUGCCCUUGGGAGUCGAUCGAUGGGAGAAUGAACUUGACACUCAGCCUACAUUAGACUUCGUUUCUAACACUCUUAGAAAUGUUCUGCAAGGUCAGACAUUAGAGCCCUCGGAGCCUCCACCAAUAGAUGUACUGUGCAGUCACGUAUCUAAGACGCCCGUAUAUUCUGUCCUUCAACCAACUAUCUCGUCACUUAUUCAUCAACGAAGACGAAAUUUGGCGCUGCGUAAUCUUACAGCAACGCAGUCAAAUAUUCCCGCAGCUCUAUAUCCCUCUACAUUUCCUCUGUAUCAUCCACACGCUGUCGAUGUUCUACUCUUUUGGGAAAUUCCUUCCGAGCAGCGCUCUGGACAUGUCCUCAUCCCAGGUGCCAUCUUAGGCGCCGGCCAUGCAGCGUUGAAGGAAAUCGUGGAAGAAGCUCAGGAAGCCAAAGUGAAGCGGAGCAUGUACGCCGAGACACAGCGCGAGAAGUCCGCCGUUUUGGACGCCAUCCGUACGAGCGAGUGGAAUGCCGAGAUGAACCCAUUGGUCCUUACUUUGCAGCAAGGGGAGGUGGUGAAGCAUGACUUCUCCGCAGGACCUUGUCAUGCAGUUGUUCCUUUUACCCUUCGGAAUUACUCCCUCACACAUUCCUGCAAAUACACGCUCAAGCUCGAAUCUAAGUCAUCGGUGUCUCACCAUCCUGAUGCUCUAUCUUGCGCAACGUACGCAGGCCGAUUGACUUACCGAGGAAUACUUGGACCAUUACAAUAUAUCAUCGUCGAGCCAACGCUGUAUGCUCCUCGACCAGAUUCAUAUGCUCUUAGUGGUUGGAUUUUGGAAACCGAGGUUGCGCAAAAGGAAACAUCUUGGCGACCGAGGUCCCGCUACAUACAAGAGCCGUCGAGUGAGGAUGCUGCUUGUAUAACUGUGGUCAAUGUGCCGUCUGUAUAGACAUGAGUUGUAUACCAUUUUUAUUUGAUGGACACAUAGUAAACUUGCGUCUGUUCUUGG